CGAGCCCGGAUAAAAACUAGUUGAUAGGAUAAGAGUCGGCCCAAAUGAGAGCUGAGAAAGGGGCACGUGUCAUCUUCGUCACUGACCGCGUAUGUACACGUGGGCAAGCAAGCGAGUGUCUGCCGGCGUUAAGAAGAAAACAGAAGCUCCAGCAUGAAUGUUGUCGAAACAAAGAGGAAGAAAAAUGGCGGGGGAAGGACAUGAUGAAUCUAAUAACACAAGAAGAGGCGAUCCCACUGUAGAAGUGCAGGAACGAGGUGAAAUUUUCUUCUUUUUCCGGCCAAAAGUGGGCAAGGAAGAAGCCCAAGGCCUGGACGACGUGCAGCGGUUCUACAUCGUUCUCCGGCCGGAAUCCGGCAAGAAAGACGUGGAAGUGAAGCAAGAAUCUAGCUCCGGGAAAGAAGGAGAGGAGCUAGGUGCACGCACCAGCGACAACAAACCGACUCGCGAAAUCACGUCGGAGAAGCGGGACGAGUCCCGCGUGGAAGGCGGACGGGGGUGCGAAGAAAUCAACAUAGGAAAACAGCAGCUUCUCCGGUUAAUUGUCAUGGGGAAGAAGGGCUUGCCGGACCCUACGAAGAAUUCCGGCGAUCGCCGUCCGCACUGGGGUUUCGUGGAGAUGGUGACGACUAAAACAGAGGACGUGAGAGCGGCGCUGAAGGGCAAGGAGUAUGAUACUUCCACCAGAGGUCACCGGAGGGUGGGGCCGGCGAGGGCUGCCGGAGAGGGAGUUUACCUGAUCCUGAGGCAUAAUCCGGGGAAGAAAAUGCACACCCAUCUGGUGUACAAGCUUGAACUCCCGGCGGAGGAGGACGAGAGAAACGAGCCUCAAGAGGAGCUUAACAUAAAGAGAGAAGAUUCGUUUCUGAUACAGAUCAAGAACCCCGAACAGAGCCAGGGUGGUGGGGACGGGAGGAUGAGUAGUGGGUUGCAGAGGAAGAGGAGGGCCGUUUACCCAGCCCAUCUCCAGGCGGAGAUGGGCCAGCUGAGGUACACUCCGGCAGACCCGCCAGACUUCUUGAACUACGAAGGGUGUGAGUUUCUGCUGAUUCCAGCCUCAGAUAACAUCGGCGAGGAGCUCGGACCUGAUAUCAAGUCGGAAGUGGAUGCGGACGGGGCCCACAACUGCUCCGAUUUGAUCGGUAACUCUUUCCGGGAGACGGCCACCAUCACUCCCCUCCUCAAAGGCACUUGGGCUUAGCCAAAAUGCUUGAAUAACACUUAACUUUGAUUUUACGAAUGACAAUCGUCUUGUAAAUUUGUACGUACACUCAUAUAAUCGUCUGUGGUUGUAUACACAAAUUUCCAGACACUAGUCAUCGUGGUCGUGGUGUUAUUCUAGCAUGACCCUGGGCUUAAUACUAGUAGUAGUAGUCUAGGUCUAUCACUAAUGGAACUAGUCUUCUUGUACACAAGAAAGAAAGCCUAUCCUUGUAAAGUCAAAUAAGAUCU